UUUUUUUUUUUUCUUUUUUUCUGCUUUCCACUAUGGCGUCGAGUCGUCUUGCAUGGACGACGACGCUCGUGUCUUCGUCCCGCACUGCAGCAGUCGUCCGCGGCUAUGCAUCGGCCUCUGCCUCGGCUUCAUCGUCGCUCGCGUGUGCUCCUCGCUCGUCCGCCUUGUCGUCGGUUGCGGCUGCUCCAUCCUCCAUGACUGCGACGGGUGGCUCGUGGCGCAUGCGGUUUUCCACUCGACUCCUUCCUGCUGCUUCAUCAUCAUCGUCGUUGCCGAUGCGAAUCCCGUCGCUCUAUUCAAUCUCCGGUGUGACUGGAGCCCGAUUCGCUUCAACGGACGCUGCUGCAACCACCGCGGCGACUGGAUUUGUCAAACUGUCCGACUACGCAACUGUCUCGCCCGUGGCAGAGGGCGCGAUCGCCGCCGCCUCCGCUGCAGCUCAAGCACCGACAUCUGCUGCUGCAGAACUCGCUCAAGAAUCGACCACCACUGCUGUUAUUGACGCCGCUGCGUCUGGCGUCUACAACUCACACGCUGUGCUUGGCGAGGUCGCGGCUGCAGGCCUGGACACGGGAAUGUGGGGCUUCCUGCGUAUUGGCAUUGAGCACAUGUCGGCGUUCGGCGAGAUGCCCUGGUGGGUGACUCUGGCUGUGGGUGGCGUUUUGUCACGUCUCGUGCUUCUCCCGAUUGUCAUCAAUUCGCAGCGCAUGACUGCCCUGAUGGCGCAGCACAAGGAGGCGCUUGGCGAGUUUCGCCGUCGUAUGGAUGUCGCGCGUGCCGCCAAGGCGCCUCAAAUCACCAUUCUCGCCAUCUACCGCGAACAGCAAGACUACCAAAAGCUCUACGGCAUCAAGCCUGGUCGUACUCUUCUCGGCGUCCUUGCGAUGGCCCUUGUCUUCUUUGGCUGCUGGCGCUCCAUCUAUUCGCUGCUGACUGAACCGCUUGAAAGCAUGGUCACCGGUGGUCCCAGCUGGAUGCCACGGCUCACCAUGGAGGAUCCCACUCACAUCUUCCCCUUCGUUUCCGCUGCUCUUGUUUACAUUUCCCUCAAGUACAAUCUCGAAAACCCCAUGGCCGGCCAGCAAGUCAUGUUCCCGAAGCAGAUGAUUCGCUUCAUGGUCAACGGUCUGCCGCUGGUGGCACUUCCUUUCACCCUGUUCAUGCCGGCGGGCCUUUUGUUCUACCUUAUUCCAACGCAAGUGUAUGGUCUGCUUCAAGGCGGUCUGAUGCGACUGCCAGCGAUGCGAGCGUGGCUGACUCGCGGAACCAAGCCACCACCGGCGACUGUGCCUCCGUGCCGCGUUCCUGAAUUCUUGGCGCUGCCAGGCGAAGCCGAUAUCGCUCUCGGCAAAGUCAAGCCGCCUCCACCAGCAGAACCGCUGUCCGGCCUCUUUGGCAUGGCUCGCUCUGCUGCCGAGAAGGCUGUCAACAACGACUCGGCUGCACAGACUGUGCGCGCUCAAAUUCAGGCUCACCAAGGCAAGACUUUUGCGCCUCUCCGCGUUGAGUCGAUGAAGGGCUCCAGCCCCACUGCACAGCAAGCCUUCCGCACAGUGACUGAGCGAGCAGCUCUGCUCAACAAGAGUCAGAAGCCGUAAUCAUGCUCAAGUUGCCAUGUUUUUUGGUUCAUAGCAAUACACUGCUUUUUUUUGUGAUGAUUAGAUUCCCCUUGCUUCGCCCA